AAAUUAUGAUCGAAAUGUCAACUUUGAAUCUGAUUUUCUAACCUACUUGAUAAUUUAGAUUAUUUUACAUUUUUAAGAAAUUAACGAUUUAAGUUUUACUUUAAGUCUCAACUAUUACGCAACAUAUUAUUUGGGAUCAGCAAAUAAAUAAUACAGAAUAUCAAAAUGUCUGAAGCUAAUGUUGGAUCAGCUCCAGCCUCAGGCGGAGCAUCUGCAACUAGUGUUGCUGAAGAACAGCGUUCUGGAAGCGCUGCCACAGGAUUUGGCUCUGUGGCAUCAGAAGAAAAAGUGUAUGGUGGUUGUGAGGGUCCAGAUGCAAUGUAUGUAAAGUUGGUAUCAUCUGAUGGUCAUGAAUUUAUUGUAAAACGGGAGCAUGCGCUUACAUCUGGAACAAUCAAGGCCAUGCUUAGUGGUCCAGGACAGUUUGCUGAGAAUGAGGCAAACGAAGUUAACUUUAGAGAAAUACCAUCACAUGUGUUGCAAAAAGUAUGUAUGUACUUUACAUACAAAGUGCGCUAUACAAACUCUUCAACGGAGAUACCAGAGUUCCCUAUUGCACCAGAGAUUGCCCUGGAACUCCUUAUGGCUGCAAACUUCCUCGAUUGUUAAUUUGAAUUGGCAUGCACUAAAUUACUUGCGCUUAGAGUUAAGCUAAAACAGAGCCACAUAUCCAGAUGUGAGAAUGUGUCAACCAUGCCAGUUUAUAUUGUAGUUGUCGUUAUGUUUGAUAUGAAUAACAUACUGUUUGGCAGUCUACACUGGUAUUAGACACAUAUAUUAACCUCAAUUCCAUAUUCUAAACAAAUAUGGCAAAACAGGAAUAAUUAUAUUUCUCGGUUUACGGCUGUUCAAGUAUUAUGUAGUAAGAUUAACUGCAAUUUAUUCAUCCCUAUCCUCUUGUCAGCAAAAGUAAGCAAACCUCUUUAAAAAUAAUAGUACAUAAACAUAUUAAAUUUUUUGUAGGAAUCCUUGAUAAUACAUUUCAUUUCAAGCAUAGACAAGCAUGCGUGGGUAAUUUAUGUAAAAAAGUAAACAAUUAUUGUUUCCCGUAAUCCCGAAAUAAGGAAAUCAAUAACCCACCAUAUUGUGCUUACAUUAUACUUGAAUGAGAAAGAAGAAAAAAUAGAAAAGAAAAUUUGCCAUAUUUGAUUAACAGGAUACAGGACACGAUAUGAAUUGGAAUUGAUUUAUGAAUACUGGUAGUGCCCUCUAUUAUCAUUUAGCAUUAAUUUAGGUAACAUGAUGAGACUCUAAGUGUUAAGCGAGUCGGUGCAGAUACUGUAUUUGGGUGCUUGUAGACUUGUUCAUCUGAAUAGUAGACAACUGUUUAAAUAUAUUGCAGCCAAAAUCUUCUACAUUGCCACGAAGGCGCAUUUUAUUUUUAAUUUUAAAACUAUUGUCUACAGAGGUUCUAUCAUACAAUGGGGUAAUGUGUUACAAGACUUAAGAUACAUACGCGUCUUUGUGAAUUUUUAGUCUUAAAACGAGCACCCUCUGCUGUUUUUCAAAAUUAUUUUUUUACGAUUUAGCCACAGAAUUUAACACUCUUAUGAGUAUUUUUACUGUAAUUUUUUUAAGUAGUAACGAAACUUCAAGUAAGAACAUCUACGGCUAUCCAAAGGUUUGGAAUAGCCUGGAUCUAGUUGAAUUUGUACAUUGUACAUGUUUUCUAAAAAUGGCUUUAAUUUUUAAGGGUUUGCCGCUUUAAAUCGACAUGUGUCAUAUGUAUGAAGAUUGACAUUGACAUUGAUGUGAAGUGUUUUUGAUUUGUAUAAAAUAUAAAAAUUGUUUAAUCGCGCUUCUAAUACCAAAAUAAAGUGUUUGCUUUAAUAAUAAGAUUUCAAAUACGUUUUACAAAACGAUAUGUCAAGAGUCAUUUCAGACAAUUGAGGUUUUGGAAGCCUGUUUUUUUGUUUAAAAUUUUAUUUGUCGUAAUAACUUAGCUAAUAUGAAAGUGUGGCCGAUGGAUAAGUCAAAUUAAUUUUAAUAUGAAUUCAUAAACAGAUGAACAAUGACGGAAGUGUAGACGAUUCGUCUCGUGAUCUAACAAUAAUUAAUCACAGCAUGUAAUUUGGCAAGAUUUUGCGAGAAAAAUGUUAAACAACCAUUUCAUUUUGUAUACCGCUGAUUUGUUCAAUAAUUUUUUUAAGUAUGGCAAUAGUUCGAUAUUAAAACGCUAAAUUAGCACCUAUAGUAAAUUUGUGAUUCUCGAAAAUCAGCGAUAUGCAAACUGGUUCUAUUUCAAAAGGCCCUUCAAAUAUUUUGUGGUAUAAUAUAUGAAUAAUUAACAACAUUAUUUAUGUUUGAUACUUGCAAAUAUAUAUUUCACUAUAAUUGCAUUUUCCUAUUGAGUAAUCUGUGGACAUUGUAUAAUUCAAUAAGUUAUGAUAAGAAUUUCCCUGGAUUAAAUUGUUUUUAUCAUUUGUAUGUUUUGCAAAUAAAUAUUAUUUCUUUUCA